AUUAUAUUCUCCAGCGAGUUCUCUUCAUUCAUACACCUUACAUAUUAGUUGUCAAAAAGUGAUUGUGAAUUCUUCUUAUUUAGAUCAAUGAAAUAAAUUUAUUUAGUGUUUUCGUAACCAUAAAAACGUCUUAAAGUUUUCAUUAUCAUAUUUUAUAAUAAACAGUGGUUUUAAAAAUGUUACAUAUAUUGUAUCAUUUAGUUGCUUUUGCCCAUUAUGGGUAUGGUGUUUAUUAUGACUUAAAUCAUGUGUUUAUACCGCACACAAUUCUGAAAACACAAAGUUGGAACUUACCUUUCAAAGGACGUAUAAUAUUCUUAACACAUUGGUGUCUGUUAAUUCAAACGUUUUUCUUUGGAUUGUGCGUGCUGUGCGAUAUCACUGGCUCAAAAACAUUAAAAAAAUUCAAAAAUUUCCUUCACACAACGAUUGCAUUUCCAUUAGCGUUUAUAGUUGGUAUAACAUUUUGGGCAAUAUAUGCCAUCGAUCGUGAAUUAAUCUUCCCAAAAGUAUUAGAUGAAUAUUUUCCCGGAUGGUUGAAUCAUUUAAUGCAUACAAACAUCAUGGUAUUCACCGUCAUUGAGAUGAUAACAUCUGAACGUAAUUAUCCAAAACGUUCGACCGGAAUCAAAACAUUAAUGGCAUUUUUACUGACAUAUUGUAUAUGGAUGAAUAUUAUUUAUCAAGUGACUGGAUAUUGGGUAUAUCCAAUUAUGGAAGUAUUAAGUAUUCCCUUACAAAUAUUAUUUUAUUUACUUGUACUAGGAUUUGGUGUUAGUUUGUAUAUUGUAGGUGAACAUUUUAAUUCGUAUGUAUGGUUAAAAGAUAUAUCUAGUGAACAACGAUCUAAUAAAAAUAAGCGGUCUUAAAUUUUUAUAAUAAAUGCCUUAUAGAUUAAUGUAAAAACAAAAAGCUCUCACAUAAUAGCGACUAUAAUGCCUUAGAACAUUUUUUAGAUAAUACAUUUUUUAACAAAUAUUUCCUUUUUUUAUAUAGAUUUUAAAAAAAAUUGUUGUUGAAACUUAUCCCAGUGAUUUUUCUAUAGGUAUUUUAAAACGGAGAUAUUAUUAUAAUGUAUAAAAAGUUGCCACUUUUAAAAAAAAUUUUCCGAAAAUAAAAUAUAAAAUUCCAUUACUACACCAGUCGUAUAAUAUUUUAUAUUCAAACGGUCUUGGUAGAGAUCUCUACGUAUACUUCGUAUUGCUAUGUAUCCAAUUGGUUUUGAUGACCAAAACCUUUAAAAAAACGCUGCUAUCAAAUAUCCCUAAAUUUAGAGGAAAAUUCAUAAAAUUGGCAACUCUGAAAAAGGUACGAUUAUACAAAUUUGAAACGGUUUAACCAGGCUAUAAUUACUAAAAUACAUGCGUCGAGUGUAAAAAUAAAGUCUACUCACGGAAAAGGGCUUACAGAAUUUACGAUCUAGGAGAUUGCAGUUGCGUUUUUGUUGUUCUUACUUGAUGAUAACACUAGCUCACUCAGCGGUGUUACCCUCGAUGAAAAGAUAUUUUGAGAGUUUUUAUCGUUACUGUGUAAAUUAAUCAAACCUUCUUGAGAUAAAUGUGCUAAAAAUCUAUUUCAAGAAAUUUUACAAAACCUUUUAAAAAAUACGGUUCCUGUAUGCUACCUCAUCGAAAUCGUGCAUUUUUCCUGGAUAAAAAUUCCGAAACUACCACUACCUGUGCAAAUAAUCAUGUCGAUCCUUUGCCCUAUGAAAAUUUAAAACAAAUCUAGCCCACGGUAACCAUACCAGAGUAAAUUCCAAAUUAUAUUCUAUUUCUGUGCCAAAUUUCAUCCAAAUCCGUGCGGUAGUUUUUGCGUGAAAGAGUAAUAAACAUUCAUCCAUCCAUUCAAACUUUAACGAUUAUAAUAUAUAUCAGAUUAAAGUCGUUCAUUUCAGCAAUUUAGCGAAAUUAAAUGUAACGAUGUAUCAUUUUUUAUGCUAUCAGCAUCAAAAACUCCCAAUCAACUCGGAAAUAUUAACUAAAUUAUAAUACUAAUCUUGUUUUUUAAUGUUUUGUAUCAAUUUUCGAUAUAAAAAAGUAAUCUCCUUGGAUUAUUCUUUUAAUGUCUAUGUGCUAUGAAUCCACUGAGCAAAAUUCUAUUAAAGGGUAAUGGAAGAGGGGGAUGGGAGUUUAGGUUCGAUUUGGGCUACAAAGUAAUUAAAUUAAAACUUACUCAAUUCUUAUUGUAAAAAUUGAAAUCUAGUCCUGAAAUAACCUUUUAAACUUUUGUUUGAGUCAUUUUCCGUGAAAAUGCGUUCUUUUUAGAUAACACAACAUACAAAUUAUUUAUAACUCAUAAAAUAACCAAUAUUACUAAUAAAGUAAUAAUAAAAAAUUUUGUGUAAUCGUAUCUUUGUGAUAGAACUAAAUAGAUUAAUUACAAAUUGUUAAUGAAUAAUAAAGACUUCAUUACAUUAAUUAAUAAAACUAUCAAACGUAGAACAAAAUAACAGAAAGAAGUACAUUGUUAAAAUUUAUUACUAUUAUAUGAACAAGAAAACUUAUGCAAUAAGUGCUUUAUAAUGUGAAACUUAGAAUGUGUUCCAGAUUUUCGCUCCAUAAUUUUAAAGUAGCGAUUUUAAUGUAAUAAAAUGAAAAUGAUAAUAUAUUAUCAAAAGUGAUUUUAAAGCCUAAA